AUGCCGUGUUUGUUUCAGUGCAAGUUGCAAAUGACAUCAGGCUGCCAAUGCUUAGGUAAUCUUUGCGCAUUAAGACUUUAUUCAAAAUUGUGGCUACCAUGUUCAUUGUGGCCUCCCGAAAUGCCAAAUGGUAUGCAGCUGCCUAAAAUCAUGUAUGAAGAAGGAGAUGCUCAUGCAGAAUUAAAUAGACGAAAGCCUGAUACUGUUUUUGGUCUACAUGAUAAGCCUCUAAACCUGACUUUGGUUAGUUACGCUGCAAAUGGUGAAAAUAUAACUACCCGAUUUAUUACUCCUGGCUGGUUGGAUCCUUGUGAAGGUAAUCCGGGAUAUUAUCAAAGUGAUAUAUCGUUUGGAAAACCCCUCACAUCCAAAUGUCGCGUCACUAUGCAUCACCUAUUCAAAAAUGUAGAAGCAGGUGUACUUCAUGAAUUAUAUCUUAAUUAUAAAGAUCCAAGUAGUGAUUUAGAUUACAUGCUACCCGUGCCUGUGUUAAUUGAAAAUAUGGGUCACACAUAUGAUGAGAAUGAGGAUUCGUCCAAUUGGAUAUUAGUGCGUAGAUUCUUCUUAACCGAUUCUUAUCCACAACGCCGAUACCACACUGGCUUAGUUCGAUAUGCAUCUUCUCUCAUCUUGCUAGUUAAACUACGUACUGAUGCUCCUGGAAAAAUCUACACUCCAGUUUUAUUGGCAAUGCUUUUGACCCUGUCUACUUUGGCAAUAUUCUGGUCUGCUAUAGUAGCGUGGUCUUAUUCACGACGUUCUGGACUUCCCGUGUUCAAUAUAUAUGGGUUUAUAAGGUUCUUUCUAGUUUUAUGCGGUAAGAUAUCAGAUGCCCUGCUACUUUCUGCAUUGUUAUGUGGAGUUAUGGCCAGAAUGUUGUACUUUACUUUGCAAUCAUCAACUGCAAUGUCAAUUGUAUCCAGGAACGACGAAGAAGAAUAUUUAAUAAAGGCAUUUUUAAUUGUUGCACUAGCAUUAAAGAUCAUAGAAGUGAUUCAAAUAUUACACCAUCAGUUAACUAUAGAUAUAUUUCUAAUUGAUUGGGAAAAACCAAGAGCAAUGAAUUGUUUACCAAGAUCAAUAUCCAACACAACGGGCACAAAUCGAGAAACAACUGAUGACAUCACACCACCACCACCUAUAAGCGUUUGGCGAAGUUAUUUAGUCGCGAACGAGUGGAAUGAGCUCCAAGUCUUCCGCAAAGUCCAUGGUCUCGGGCAUGCUUUGCUUGUUGCUAUAAUUGCCGAAAUUUUAGGGUUAUCCCAUAAUAAUUUAUCGCAGACUGAUUUAUUAGGAUUUUCGGUCUUAUUAUACUUAUCUUUAUAUUUUUUACAAAUGCUGCUGAGGUUAGGCAUUUAUGAAAGAUACAUGAAUGCUGGAUUAGUUGGAUUUGUAGAUUUAUGCAGCCUAGCUAAUAUAUCAAUGUUGAUUGUUUCUUUGGAUCAAUUUGGUUAUUAUAUACAUGGAAGAUCUCCUUAUGGAUUUGCCGAUACAGAUAUGCGAAGUAUGCUACUACAAUUGCAAAGGGAAGAGCAAGGUCUUUGUGGAACAAGAGGUUUAUUGAAAGACUCGACGCAGCAAACUUUUACUGCUCGCUUGCCAUCAGCUUUGAGAGCUUAUUAUCGUAAAAUGACAUUUCCUUUGACGGAGCAAGGGAGGUAUGGAAGAGCUACUGGCACCAGAGCGAUGUCCGAUUCCGAACGAAUUGAAAAAUGCGUGCAAGCUUAUAGGAAUAUCAAUAGAUUUCUGGCUUCAUUUAUAGAUCAUGCGUUACGGGACCUGGACUACGAGGUACGCGAACGAGGCCCAGUCGAACGUUUACUAGACGCCGAGAGCACUGUAAUAGCAGGCACCGUCGAUGGACCACCGAAAAUAGGAGGCGUAUUUUAUCCUGAUGGCGGUCAUGCAUUCGAUGCUGUCCUUUGGUACGGCCAGGAAUGGACUUGGGCUACCGUUGAGCUACUGAUGUUCCUUGUGACGCUGAUUGGAUGUGAAAAUGUAGCAGUGUCUUCAGUGACAGUCGCUAUUAUUAUUCAAAUUCUCGCUUUGGUUACAAAAUCACUUGCUAAGAGGAACCUGGCUGAAAAAACAUUAAUAGACAAAAGAUUCUUGAUCUAA